GGAAGAAUAUAGCUACUAGUACUAGCCCAACGCUGAGUCAGAACAAAAUGCUUUUGGCUUAUCCAUCGUGCACAUAAUCAAAAUCACAAUUUUUAGUACUCGUUCAGACGUGACCCCAUAGAUUUAACGCUGUUCUGUGUUAGAUCGGUAUCUUCUAUCGUGUGAUUUGUUUUUUCAUGAUCAAUCUGUUUGUUCUUUCAAACAAGCACGUAAGGAUACGGAUGUGACGAGGAAUCAGAGGAGAACAAAGUUAAUGAUUUUUCAAUGUUGAAAGAGAGAAUUUUACAUCGGAAGAAGCAACAGUCUCAAAUCAGUCAUUUGAUCGUAGAACAAUACACUAGAUAACUAUCUCCUCGAUGGGCACAAGGCAUCGUGUAAUUCGGAUGAUCAACAAUAUGUCGUUGAUGAAUCUCUUAGGAAUUCCUAGUUGACCAUGAAAGUAUCUUGCAUGAUGUGAUGAAAGAGUAUUGCGAUCGUGUUGAAAAAGAAAAUGCUAGACGUGGAUGUUAAGUAAGUUGUUUGUUGAGGGAGUGGACUCGAUAGAAGGACAAUCCGGGGGCGCAUUCGCUUGUAACCGAUAAUUUAGAAUUUAGUAUUUCAAAGCAAAUCCGAAUAUUGAUAGUAAUACCCAUACCUGCACCAGCUCCGUCCACGACGUUCUCCUAGCUGCAAACAUCCUAACAAGAUCGAAUCUGGUUUCAUUCUCGGAACUAUUGAAAAGCAGACAAGACAAGAGGAAAGAUGGCGGCGUUUUCCGUAGGUUUCAGAAGAUGCGCAGGCUUCGCGGCAGCGGUUGCCCUGGCCCUCUCUACAGGUGCCAACGCAACCGAGAACGGAACGCAUCGACGAAAGGCUCCCCGUCGCAGUGUCGUGCCGGUACAAUUUCAUUCUGUUACUUGCAUACUAAUUGUAAUUUCCGAUCGCAUGAUGUCAACGACGACUUUAUGAAAGAAUGACACAAUAACCACCCUAAAUCUGCCAGGAGAAAGAAAUCGUAGUACAGAACCCUUCUAAUGAUAUCAAUUUCCAUCAGUUUUUUCGAUUCCAAAAUUUAUCCCCGCAGCUGCGUGCAACGCUCGAAAAGGCUACAACGGGGCAACUUCGGAGAGCUCUAACAGGACCGCACAAGUCGAGUCCUGGUCAAGGACCUGCCCUAUCGAGGAGCAGCUUCAAGGACAAGACUCCUAUGAGUAGGGCGCAGAAUACAAAUAUUGAUGGAGCAAUCGGCGGUUCUCCUGGAUUUGUAAACCGACUGCUUGGAAGCGGCUAUAAUAAUAAAGGUGCAAAGCUCACCGCCGGUGGUGCUUUUCUAGGCCUAGCUGCAUCGCUCACGAGAGGAGCACUGUUUGGAAAGCAAGGGAAGCAACGCAACCGCAGGUAUUGUUGCAACAUCAUGUGAUGAUCUAUAACUAAAUCAUAAUUUGAACGGGAAAAUGGCCAUAUCAAGAGUCAAAAAUCGUUUCAGAGUUGGCUACAACAGCAAUAACACCUCAGCACAAGAAGUUUCUUGAUAUUUAGUUGUUAAACGCGGCAUCGCUUCGGAACUCAGGAAUCUGGGUUCUUUUCAACCUUUAAGUAAUACCUCCAGUAUUGCGAAUGAAAAUCUUGAAUACGGUUCAUCGCAGGAGAAAGAGGACGCUAGGACAAAUAAAGGAAGAACGAGAGCAAAAACGAAAAGAACAACAAGCUGCGUCCUUGGUUGCUGACGUAAAUAAAGGACUAGACUUUCCGAGUCGGAAACUAGUGCCGCAUUCGAGCUCCAGUUGUGCUUCGAUCUCCACCCAGGCGCCAGACACUCCCGGGGGGUCGCUAGCGGAUUUAGUGGCCUGGCAGCAGAAGUCUCGCAUGGGUAGCAAGCAAGUAGCCCUCUCGCCAUCCACGAUUCGAAGUGAUGGCAGUCCUAAUUCACGGUUUUGUGGUCCAGCAGGCACUCCAGAGCAAGAAGAGGAGACGCACGCGGACAAGGCUCUUCAAAACACGCAUCGUGACAACAUCCUUUCCGCUGCAGAAGAUGAUAUGGACGAAACGGAAAAACAUAUGCGGCAAUUGUCACUGCAAGAAGAAGAACAUCAAGAAACUCCAUCUGGACCGCAUCAGAAGAUUGUCCAACAAGAGCCGCUUCCCGCGGAAAAAUCUGAAGAUGAUUUCCAAACUCCCUUCUCGUCUCGCAGUCCUAGUAGAGGGGUGACAUUUUCUCCUUCUAGUUCUGCGUCUCCGCACGAACUAGUCCCUGGUGAUACACCAAAAUUUGUAUUGCAAGAAAAAGAACUGUAUGUCGAUGACGACCACCUGCAAAUGCAAUCCUCAGAUGACGAUAGCUUUUACUCCUGUUCAACAGGCCACAGACGACGUGAACAAGAUGUUCAUGACGAAACUCACCACACGAACGGGAAGUGUCCAGAAACCGUGCAAGAACGCGAUUGGUUCGGCAGAUACAACGAGACAUCGGAGGACGCCUUACCAGAUGAAGUAAUCACCAAACAAAACUCGCUUCGUUUCUUGCCGAAUCGAUUUCUGAAUAUCGUACAUCAAGAUGCAGCGAGCUCAACAUUCCGCGCAGCAACCUUCUCCGAUGGGAAAGUGGACUGUAAUAUCUUGAAUCCAACGUCGUGCACUAAGCCUAAGAAGAAGCGAGAGGAGGACCAUACGAAGGAGGAGGGGUCUUCAUCGUGUGGAGGAGGUGCUAUGCAAGAUUCAGAUGACGACGCUGUAGCAGCAGGGACGAAAGAGGAGGAGGACGAGCCAUCUUGUGGAGGUAGUACAGGUGAUGAUUUGGUGCACACAGGUGAUAUUGUUUUUGGAACCUGUUUGUUCACGGGUGGACCGGACGUCGUGAAUAGCAUGCAAGCACGGGCUGGACGCGGAGCUGAUGACGAAUGUGUCGUUUGCUGA